UUCUACUGCAAACAUUUUCCCUGACACCCAAAAUUACAGGAAAUGGUGCAAUGCACUAGAAGAGAAAAUCCCUGGUCAUUACAACAGCAUCUGAUCUGGCGGACUCACUAAACACAAAUGCUUUGUUUGUAAAUUAUGUUGGGAGUGUGGCCCAGGCUAUCCGUAAACUUUUGAUACACUCCUUGCAGCUCUCCCUCGCCGUCUCUGAAGAGGAGGUUCCCCCUGAGCAGCAGCACUGUGAGCAGGAGUGGAGCCCCAAUCUGGGGCAGGAGGACUCAGAGCCCACACAGAUUAAAGAGGAAGAGGAGGAACUCAGGAACCAGUCAGGAGGAAGAGCAGCUUCAAGGGGUGGAGCCUGAUAUAGAGUUCCUAUUCACUCCUCCCUGUGUAAAAAGUGAAUUUGAUCUGGAGGACCCACUUCAGUCCUUCACUCAUCCCCAAACCCAAAAUGUAGAGAACUGGGAGAGUUACUCUAAACCGGUGAAUCCUAAUCCUUUUGGCACUGUGACCAACCUAAAGGGUUUUGACAUUGCCUGUGACCUUCCAGAUAAUCAAUACAAUGCCUACAGCCAGAGCUCAGCCAUAAGGAGCGACCCAGAAGGACUUGACAGCAGCCAAUCAUUGGAUCCCAACCCACCAUUGGAUUUGAAUGCUCAAAUCGGGGAACCUGCACCUGCCCCUUUUGUGGCAAGACCUUCUCUACAAACAAAAAGGAAAUCUGUCCAUGCACAUGAGGUUUCACAUCAUUUAGCUGUGGUGACUGUGGGAAGAGCUUCAAUCGCAAGGAGCACCUAACUGAACCUGCUCAGUCUGUGGUAAAAUAUUAGCUCGGAAGACUAAUCUGCUGAAGCAUAUGGAUAAUAUCCACAAAGAAAGAAAAUCUUCUUUCAGAAGAUGGGAAUAAAAAGGCAGGAUGUGGACAACACUCUUAGGAAAGGAAAGCAACUCCAGACCAUUCAUACUGUGGGUCUCAGAUAAAUAGAUCUUUAAUGAAUUUAAUGUCGUAAAACAUUGUAUGUAAAUAAAGUUUGAUUUGAAUGAUGAGGUAAUGAUUAAGCAGUAUAGAGUAUUGUAGGACAUUCACAUGUCUGCUGUACAACGUCUGCUCAAUUUUCAUUAGAAACAGUCAAAUCUGGACGUUUGAUUUGGACUGUCUUUAAGGUGAUGACAUAAUGGUCUUUAAGGUGAUGACGUAAUGGUCUUUUAAGGUGAUGACAUAAUGGUCUCUAAGGUGAUGAUGUAAUGGUCUUUAAGGUGAUGACAUAAUGGUCUUUAAGGUGAUGACGUAAUGGUCUCUAAGGUGAUGACGUAAUGGUCUCUAAGGUGAUGACGUAAUGGUCUUUAAGGUGAUGACAUAAUGGUCUCUAAGGUGAUGACGUAAUGGUCUCUAAGGUGAUGACAUAAUGGUCUCUAAGGUGAUGACAUAAUGGUCUCUAAGGUGAUGACGUAAUGGUCUCUAAGGUGAUGACGUAAUGGUCUCUAAGGUGAUGACGUAAUGGUCUCUAAGGUGAUGACGUAAUGGUCUCUAAGGUGAAGACGUAAUGGUCUCUAAGGUGAUGACGUAAUGGUCUCUAAGGUGAUGACGUAAUGGUCUCUAAGGUGAUGACAUAAUGGUCGGGCUGAUGUUAUUGAUACAUUAUAUUAAAUAUAAAUCCAGAAAAGGACUCCUUUCAUUUGUCCAAGAGUAUUUCUCAUCAAUUCUGACCUAAUGCUGCUCAUUCAUGAUAUUGCUUUCAUCUCGUAUAGAGUAAUGAUAAUCAGUUGAUUGUCCCAGAUCAUCCUUUACUUAUGAUAACCUUUGUUUGUCAACAUGUAGUUAUCGUUUCCCUUCACUACUGGCCUGUAUGCUGCCUUGCACAGUAGUAAACCCCCAUCCAGCUGGUGGCGCUGUUGUGUGUUUCUGGGUUCGUCAACAACUAGAACGACGGAUAAAAAUUAAGAUAUUCCUUGACUAAUACACGGAAGUAGGAUUGGGAAAGAGUUUGCAUUCAUUGCGUGGAGUAAAGAAAGACAUACCGACUGAACGGAACAGACUACCCAACUUUCAUUCGACUGAAAAUGUCUAAACUACAGUUGUUGCGUGUGUUUUUAAAUGACCGUUUAACGGCGGCUGCUGUGGAGAUUUUCGGGGCAGUUGAGAAAACGGUAGUAGAAUACCAGGAGGAGAAUGAUCGGCUACGGAGACUGCUGCGGAGGACACCGGAGAAUCAACUAUGUAGAAUAGACUCCAUGCAGCUCUCUGGCUCUGGGGAGGAAGUUCCCCCUGAGCAGCAGCACUGUGAGCAGGAGUGGAGCCCCAGUCUGGGGCAGGAGGACCCAGAGCCCACGCAGAGUAAAGAGAAACAGGAGGAACUCAGGACCAGUCAGAAGAAAGAGCAGCUUCAAGGGGUGGAGCCUGAUAUCAUAGAUUUCAUAUUAACUCCUUCCUGUGUGAAAAGUGAAUGUGAUCUGGAGGACCCACUUUGGGAUCUGAAACAUUUUGGCACUGUGGCCCACAUUAAGGGUCUCUACAUUCCCUGUGACCCUCCAGAUAAUCAAAACAAUGCCUCCAGCCACAGCUCAGCCUUAAGCAGUGACACAGUAGGACUUGAUAUCAGUCCACCAUUGGAUCCCAGCCCGCUAUUGGAGAAACACUGUUCCAAACCCAGCACCACAGCUAGAAGAACUCACCACUGCCGUGAUUGUGGUGAAACGUUUGCUCUGAAAGCUGACCUGCAGAGGCAUGUGACUCUUACCAAGAAGAGACCCAGUGAAUGUAGAUUCUGCAAAAAACGCUACAACUCCACCUGUAAACUGAAGGCCCAUGUCCGACUCUGUCACAGUGGGAAACCCUGCACCUGCCCUGUUUGUGGCAAGACCUUCAAACUCAAAGGAGGUCUGUCCAAGCACAUGAGGAUUCACACAGGAGAGAAAUCCUUUAAAUGUGUGCACUGUGGGAAGAGCUUCAAUCGCAAGGAGCAUCUAACCAUGCAUAAACUGACUCACACAGGAGAGAAAUCAUUUCCUUGUGGUGACUGUGGGAAGAGCUUCAAUCGCAAGGAGCAUCUAACCAGGCAUAAACUGACUCACACAGGAGAGAAACCAUUUAGCUGUGGUGACUGUGGGAAGAGCUUCAAUCGCAAGGAACAUCUAACCAUGCAUAAACUGACUCACACAAGAGAGAAACCUUUUAUCUGUGGUGUCUGUGGGAAGAGCUUCACUCAGAAGAUUAACCUGCUGACGCAUGUGAAAAACAUCCACAAAGGAAGAAAACAGGAUGAAAACUGAAAGAAAACAAUUACAUUACAACUAAGAUCUUCUGUCAGAAGAUGGGAAUAAAAAAGCAGGAUGUGAGCAGAGCAACUUCCUGUUGGUCUCAGAUAAUUGGAUGUGAGAAAGUUAUGUAAACAUUUUUAUGAAAUUAAGUUUGAUUUGAAUGAUGAGGUAAUGAUCAAACACUACAUAGUUUUGUAGGAAAGUCACAGCUCUGCUGUUCAGUGUUGAUAUUUUCACGUCAUUAUAACAGGAAUUACUGAUCGUUUGUUUUUGGAAUGUCUCCCAGGGUGAUGACAGGUGAAUGCCUGAGUGAGUGUGCAAAGCUCUCAUCAAAGGAAAGGGUGGCUACUUUGAAGAAUCUCAAAUAUUAAACAUAUUUUGAUUUUAUUUAACACUUUUUAGGUUACGACAUGAUUCCAUAUGAGUUAUUUCAUAGUUUGUCUUC